AUGUUUGCCCGGGAGUGCUGCUUCCAGAACCAACAAGGACAGUGUGCAUUGUGGUGUGCAGCGCUCCGCGGGCAUGCUACAAUCGUCGAGCAAUUGCUUCGGCAUGACGGAAUCAAGGCCGAUUGCUCGGACGUGGAGUAUGGACUGACACCGCUGGCGGCAGCCGUGGCCAAGGGACACCUGAACAUUGUCCAGCACCUCCUGGCGACGGGCCGGGUAGAUAUCAAUGCCAGAGACAAACUAGACCGAACACCGGUUUUCCAUGCCAUUCGUAUCCGAGACCAGAAGACUACGAAUCUUGUGCCGUUGGUACGGACCCUGCUCACCCAUCCUGGAGUUCAUGUCAACGCACAGGAUGAUGACGACCGAACUGCACUUUGGUAUGCAGUCUCCCAUGGCAACGAGGAAACGGUCCAGCUACUCCUCCAUUCUGGAGGCGACAUCACUGCUGCUGACAUGUUCGGAAUGACACCUCUCCACCAAGCCAUCGAGAAGGGGCAUGCAUCUAUAGUCAAAAUGCUCCUGAGUCGCUCAGCCACGAUAUCUGUGGCACUGGUGACGGAGGGCGGUGGCGCCCAUGAAGGCCAGCCGCCACUGUGUAUUGCCGCCCGCACCGGGAAUGCGGAAAUCGCCAAGUUGCUGCUGGAUCGUGGACCGGACGUGAACGUUACCGAUGGAGAGGGCAGAACACCAUUGCACCUGGCGGCAGCGAAGGGGCACGAUCGUGUCGUUCAGCGGCUUCUCAAUCAAGAGUGUAUCAACUUGCACGCCCGGGACCGGCACAGGUCCACGGUUUUACAUGAAGCCGUGAUCGGAGGACAUCUGUUCGUAGUGAAGUUGCUUCUAGCCGAGCCGAAUAUAGAGAUCAAUGCCAGGGACAAGGAUGGGUCCACCCCCCGCUUUGGUGGGUGA